AGUGCUUUGUGGUCACAUUUAAUAUUAACCAUAGCUGAUUUUAUGUAAAAUAACUACAAUUUUAUCAUAUGAAUGUUUCAAACAUUCUACUUUUAUAAAUGUAUUUUAAUUUUGCAUUAAUUCAAGAUUUCAUGAAGGCACCGUCAGUCUCGUGUUAUUGACUGUUUUAUCGCUAGCUAGCAAGCUUGACGUACGUGUCAGCUGGCAGUCACGAAGUUGUUUUUAAAAUUCCAACAACGUAUUUAUCUAUAACCAAAGAGCAACAAUGAGAAGAGUCACGUUAUUCGUUAACGGGACAUCUAAAAAUGGCAAGGUUGUAGCAGUGUAUGGGUCUCUGUCUGACUUACUAUCUGUAGCCAGCAAUAAAUUGGGAGUAAAAGCAUCCUGUUUAUAUAAUGGCAGGGGAGGUCUCAUCGAUGACAUUGCCCUAAUUAGAGAUGAUGACGUGCUGUAUGUCUCAGAAGGUGAUCCAUUUAUUGAAUUUCAAAAUGAAGUCAAAGUUGUAUCUGAUCAACAAGGUGCUCACACUGACUGGUUGAACCUGAAUAUUGGUGGUCGUCUCUUCACCACUACCAGGAGUACGCUGGUCAGCAAGGAGCCAGAGAGUAUGCUUGCACACAUGUUUCGGGAGAAAGAUGUGUGGGGAAACAAGCAAGAUGAACAUGGGGCCUAUCUCAUUGACCGCAGCCCUGAAUACUUUGAGCCGAUUCUUAAUUAUUUGAGGCAUGGCCAGCUCAUUAUCAAUGAGGGCAUAAAUAUAAGAGGUGUUCUUGAGGAGGCUCGAUUUUUUGGAAUUGAGCAACUUGCCGAUCAGUUGGAAUUGGUCAUUAAGAACUCGCAGCCGCCUGAGGACCAUUCUCCCAUUUCCCGCAAGGAGUUUGUGCGUUUUCUUUUGGCAACACCCACAAAGUCAGAGCUCCGUUGCCAGGGUCUUAAUUUCAGUGGCGCGGAUCUGUCCCGGCUUGAUUUGCGCUACAUCAAUUUCAAAAUGGCCAAUCUUAGCCGCUGCAAUCUGACACACGCCAACCUGUGUUGCUCCAAUCUAGAGCGGGCCGAUCUGUCCGGUGCCAACCUGGAUGGUGCUAACUUACAAGGUGUGAAGAUGCUCUGCUCCAAUGCAGAGGGGGCCUCUCUGAAAGGGUGCAACUUUGAAGAUCCCUCUGGGCUGAAGGCCAACCUGGAAGGAGCAAACCUGAAAGGAGUUGACAUGGAAGGAAGUCAAAUGACCGGCAUUAACCUGCGGGUGGCCACUCUGAAAAAUGCAAAGCUUAAAAACUGCAACCUGCGGGGCGCCACAUUAGCAGGGACGGAUCUUGAGAAUUGUGACCUGUCUGGCUGUGAUCUACAAGAGGCUAACCUGAGGGGGUCCAAUGUAAAAGGAGCCAUUUUUGAAGAGAUGCUGACGCCGCUGCAUAUGUCACAGAGUGUUAGAUAACUGAGCAUGCACAUCAACUCAGCCACUGACGGAUGCUUUAAUCACUCGACGACUGCAGACUCAGACGGUAUUUUCAGUCAGUCUCAAUACCUGCAUUUAGCGCAGGUCCCUGACAUUUUAUCUAUCUCAUGAUAGCUUUAAAUAUCACUCUAUUUAUCCAGCGUUGUUUUGGAUGUAUUUAAAUGUCUGUUUAUCCACCAUCGAUGCAUCCAUCCUCUUCCGCUUAUCCAAGGUCGGGUGGCAGCAGUUUAAGCAGGGACGUCCAAACUGAAACAGGUCGUCCACCUACGCAACAGUGCAUACAGGAUGAAAACCACACCGCUCCUCCUGAAUUUCCCAACCCACCCUCCACUGAAUGGACCUUACCAGGGAGGCUGAGGCGUGAGAUUACUUAGUAGUUGAAACACACCCUCUGGUCCCCCUUCUUAAAAAGAGGGACCACCAACCACCCAGCCUACCAGUCCAGAGGCAUUUUCCUCAAGGGCCACAAUCAGAAGCGCCCCAUACCAUCUAGAGACUUUAGGAACUCUGGACAGAUCUCCUCCACACUCUGCUACUAAGGAGCUUUUUCACCACCUCGGUGACUUCAUACUCGGAGAUAGCAGAGUCCACCUCGGAGAACCCGGACUCUGCUUUCUCUUGGGAACACAUGUCAGGGGAAUUGAGUUCUAUGAAGUAUUAUCUCCAGCAAUUCUCAAGGAAGGUUUAGUCUUGUUGUUUGGUGCAUAGGCACCAACAACAGACAGGACCUGUCCUGCAACCCAAACGCUGAGGCAGGCUAUCCUCUCAUCUAUCGGGGUGAACUCCAAUGUACAGACACUGACCCCGCUGAGUAAUAAUUAUGUCCACACCUGCUCCGCACCUCUCACCGUUAUCUUCAGAGUGGAAUAGAGUCCAACCCCUCUCGAGAGAGCCCCACCACAGCCCAAGAUGUAUGUGAGCAAGACUAUAUCAGAACUUCUCAAGCUCUUUUCCUGCCAGAGAGGUGGCAUUCCAUGUCCCUAGAGCCACUUCCUGUCUCCUCUGCACACCUGACCCUCUAGGUCCUUGGCCCCUGCCACAGGCGGUGAGCCUUUGGGAAGGGAGACCCAUGUUGCCUCAUUGAGGUGUGUCCAGCACAGGCCUGGCCAUCAGGCACUCGCCAAUGAGCUCCACCUCGAGGCCUGGCUCCACAGGUGGGCCCUGGUCAUCUGCGUCCAGGCAAGAGAAAAAGAAGUCCAAAUGUUUUCCUCAUCAUCAGGGGUUCUUGAGCUUUGCUUUGUCUGGUACCACACCUGGCACCCUUUGGGCAUUGGUUAACUUUGCUCCUAGGAUCAGUGGGACACACAAACCCAUCCACCGUGAUUAGGUAACGACUUAUGGAGGAGCUGUUCAGCCGCAUAUAAAACAAAAUAAUGUCUUUAAUGUAUGUUGAAGUGUCUGAAUGCAAUAACGUGAAUACAAUCAUUUGGUGUUUGGCACAAUUAUUUAUCUCUCUAUAUAUGGCGCAUAUUUUGCAUUCACUUAACUGAUUAAGUAAGGUGUUCACACCAGACAUUGGUUGCAGUUCCUGAAUGCUGCUUUCGAAGAAUCACUAGUGGUCUCACUUAUAAAUGACGUGUGUCUUUGCUUUUCUCCAAAACUCACUUUGGCCUCAUACAACGCUUUAUAUAUGUAAGCCAAAGCCACAGGAGAGCAGUGUCAUCGAUCAAAGUGCUGUGAAACUAUGCGACUCGGUAUAUGUCAACACUGCUCAGGUAUGCAAUACAUAGUUUGCAGCUGUCACUGUUCUCUUUUCCGACAGUCUGUAUUUUGUGCUCAAAAUAUGUCUGCAUUCUUGUUCCUGUGCUCCGUGAAUCUACCUCUUUGUGAUCCAUUUGCAUGUAUUCAAAUGUGGCGCUGCAUACUAAAAUGUUCAUGUAGGUCAGAGUCACAUCUUACCUUUCGAGUUAAGAGCGACGAAAUAUUUAUCUUGUUUUGCUGAAAGGUUUUAGUCACAUGUUCAUGAUCAUUGUUGUUGGUAAUUCUCGAUGUAUAAUCAUGUAAUCAUGCUUUGAACCUAUUUGCACAAGGAAACGUGUAUCUUUUCACUUCCAAAAAUUUAAUUUGUGUAUUCCUAUGUAUAUUGAAUUCAGUGCUUCCAAAACUUUCCAAAAAUAUUGUAAAUAGGUUUAGGGAGAGGUUAUUUUGUCAAGGAACAAUCUUCUCCUUGCUGCACUGUGUCUCUGCAUGUGCUUUUCUGUCUUUGACCAGUGAAAAACAUUUAGCUGUAGCUGAGGGCUGCUCCGAUGCAAUACUUUUUACUCUGUUUAACAGAAGGUACCAAGCUUGUGAGAGUGAUUGAUGAAGGCAAUGUUGGCGUAUCACACUGUUGGUGUGAAACUCAAAGGAAGUGAUCUGGUUAUUUAUUUCAAAACAUAUUGUGAAUGCAAUAUGGGGCAAUUGUAGUUUUGUUUUGAUUUGAUCUCCUUGUCCAUGUUUAUUGCACUUGACCGUGGAAAUUCUUUUCCAUUAUAUGACUGUUACAAAUAAACAUAUUGAAAGAAAAUAA